GUAUACUGUACAGAGUUCCAAAGGGCGAACAAAGUACAGAGAAUACAAUAUCAACCAGAAAGUCGUCUAGAUGACGAUAGCUAUGAUUGUAGAAAUCGCGAUAGCCUCAACAACUAUUAUUUCUAUCAGAUUUAGUCAACUAUUCGAUUGUUCCUAUCUGAUUAUCCUCCCCCGGUCCCGUGAGAAGGGCUCUGAGUCACCCGGCCGCAUCCGGGUUCAUACUCCAACAGAGUCUUCAUCCGAACCCGCCACCUUCGCCACAGCCAAGUCACUUGUUCCCUCUCUCUCUCUGUCUCCCUCUCUCUAGACUGACCGAACCGACCGACCUGACUCUUCCCCCCCAUCUUCAUUCGUCUCCACUUUUUCCAUCCUUUCCACUUCUCUCCCAACUUUCGCCUCUCGGGUCUCUCUUUCUCCUCCGCUCAUUCCCCCCCCUCUUAGUCAAACUUCGGAACCAUCCACCGUCCACCUCCCAAGGAGUCAUACCCCGGUGGUGAAGCCUAAAAAAACCUCUGCUCGCCCUCCUGACUCUUUCCCUUUCCCCCGAUCCCGAUUUCGAAAAACAACUUCGAAUUCGCCUCCCUUUCUCACCCUCUCUCCUCUCUCCUCUCCCCGUCCGGUCUUUCUCUACACACCACUGCCGCCUAACGCCUAACCGCGCCCUCCUCUCGCCCCCAUCCGCCUGCCUGGUCCCUAAGCCCUGAACAGUCAAGACUCACUCGACUGCCUGUUCAUGGUCUCUUAGGUGCCUUGGAUAUCGUCCUUUAAAUUCCCCUCUAUUCGAGCCUCAAAUCAAAAUGUAUACUGCCUCCUCCCACCCGAUCGCCCGUGUUGCCGCUAUCGAUCUCGUCUCCGUCAUCGCUGGUUCCGUCUCCAUCUAAAUUUGAUUCGAGUCAUCGCCAGCUUUGCCACGGGGGUUCCUUUCCAUAGCCGCAACACCGCGAUCGGUCUCCUGUGACUCUAUAUUCUGUUUUUUUUCUUGAAUCAUCCCCCCUCAACCCGUUUGACGAUUAUACUUCCUCAUUAUUUGCCUCUUGAUUAUUCCACGUACCCUUUGUCUACCCUGAUAUCCCCCGGCUUGUUCCUGCUUCUGGUUUACCUCUUGACUCUUUAAACCUUCCCUUCUUACCCUCUUCUCCCCCCAACACCACACACUACACACUACACACUACACGCCACCUCGUUGCCGACUCUCAACACACGGUCAGUCGCGUCGGUGGUCUCUUCCUCUCCACUUUAAUUACUUCUCGUCACCCUGGCGAUCUUCACAUUCUAAAAGGCUUUGCCGUCGCCUCCCGCAAAAGACGGCUCUUGUCUUCUCGGCCUUCGUUCCCGGUUCCUUGCUACACGGUAUCUUGACAAACAACUUUACGGUUCCAAAAUCGGAUCAUCCUCUUCUUCCCUUUCGGUCGCCCCGUUGAGAAAUUCUUGAGUUUUUACUGGUUGAUCAGUCAUCACAUCAUGAACCCCUCUACGCUUCCGGAUAUGUCGGGGAUGGACGUCUUGGGUUUACACAUCUCUAACCCAAGCUCGAAAGCGCCUCACGCGCACCCUUACCCUUCCUCUAUUGCCUCCUCCGCCUCCUCCUCUUCCUCCUCGGUCUUUUCGCUCGACGCCUCACAGAGCUCGGUUUCAUCCACAGCCACGAACCCCGUCGACGUGAUCUGGGAGAAUGAGGGAGAGACACUCGGGAGACCUAUGGGCACAUGCCCUCGCGCUUUUACCAAAGGAGCUCCUCCCAAGCUCGAUGGUGCUGUGCCUGCCGAGCUGCGUAUGCACCCUCGGCGCACCAGCGUUGCGACUAACGGUUCCGCCGCACGGCCUCCGCCCUGUCUGCUCCGGCAGUCCGAGCGGAAGGUGAAUUUCGUCGAUAACCUCGUCGAUACGGCGUCACAAAUCGUCGAAAUCAUCUGGCCGCUGUCCGCCGCGGCAUCCCGCAGUGAUGCUGCGACGGGUUCCAAAGGGGUUCUUCCUCUGCGGACGUUCAUCCAGGAAACCCUUCGUCGUUCACGUACUAGUUACUCCACCCUGCAGGUGGCUUUAUAUUAUUUGAUUAAGAUUAAGUCCCACGUGCCCUCGCACGACUUUACCAAGGAGCAACCUCGGAAUCAGUCGUGUAUGCGGGCCAUGCAGUGUGGUCGCCGCAUGUUUUUGGCGGCUCUUAUCCUGGCCUCUAAAUAUCUCCAAGAUCGCAACUACUCUGCCCGCGCGUGGAGUAAGAUCUCGGGUCUGAACACUCUGGAGAUCAACCAGAAUGAGUUGAUGUUCCUCGAGGCAGUCGGAUGGCGCCUGCACAUCUCCGAAGCGACCUUCCAGCGCUGGACCGACCUCGUUUUGAAGUUGACUCCCGGUGCUGGUGGUCUCCCCGCAAGUGAGGGCCAGUGCUGGCUCACCGUCCUUCCUCGUCUCACUCCCGAGUUGGAGUCUCUCGACUUCGAGCCGAUGACUCCGGUCUCGAUGGGUAGUAUGGAUCUGGGCCUGGUCGACUCCCUCUCGCCACGCAGUGCUCCGAGCAUCGAGUCACUUCGCUCCAUGUCGCGCGAACGGACUCCCACCUGCCCACGCAGCCUGCCUCGGACGAUGGAGCCCACACCUCGCCUCGAGUACGCGCAUCUACCGAUGCCGACCAUCUCCCGCCCUCAGAUGCUGCCUACGCCUCAGAUGACCCCUCAGUCGCAUGUUGCCUGCACUCCUGCUGCGAGUGUAGCGGCAUGUGGCCCCCGCCGCCCUUCCAUCGGUACUGCGAUGUCCCAGGCUCAGAACUUGGGCAUGGCGCGCUCGACUCUUGAUCAGCGCCCGCCGCUAUCGUUCUGUCCUCGGGCUCCGUCGUAUGAUGGAUAUCCGGCUGCGGUUCGUCGGUCUUCUCUGGCUCGCUCGACCUCGUCGGCUUCGUCGGCUUCGUCGGCUUCAUCUCCGGACUCGAUGGUCUCGGACGUGUCGACUCUGUCGUCGCGCUCUUCGCGCUCUUCGUCGGUCUCCUCCAGUGCCUCGGGUGCCGGUGCCCCGGCUCCAUCUCGCCUGGCCGUAACGGCCACCUUGCGUUGCACCAACAACUCCCUCAAGGAGAGUCGCAAGACUCUGGCGAUUGCGUCCCCGAUCGACGAGACGACUUCUCUGGUGGAUCUCUACAGUUCUCCCGACUACCCAGGUGUGAUGGGCUCUGCGCCGGACUUGUCCUCGUAUACCCUGGACUCUAGCCUGAGCGAAGCAGCCCGUAGCCUCUGCGAGUUGUCGGGUGCUACUCCCGAGCGCCGCCAGUGUCGCAAACGCGGUCGUACUGGCUCCGACGAUCUGCUCCUGCAGAACCACGUUCGCCAUCUGAUCGAUGCGGGCGCAUCGGGCGUUCCUGCACCCGUCCUUCCCGACGGACAGCUGGCCAACUCGUUCCUGGUUUCGAACGGAUCGUCGCUCUCAGGUCCCGCUGGUAUGAAGCGGGCUUGCUGCGGUAGCGAGGCGCGCAAGAUUGCACUUAACCCGAGCAUUCGCGCAGAGUACCUGAACUAAUCGGGACUGGUGCUUUCUGGAUUUUUCCUUUGUCUUUUGGAGGAUUAGAAAAAGCCCGUCUUUUUUAUUUCUUUGAUUGUUUCACCAAAAGCCUCGUGGUUUUUUCGGAUGAUUCCCCAACCCCGUUUCCCCCUCUACUACCCUCUAUCUACCUCUCCCCCCCCUUUUUUUUUAGCGACUGAGUGCCGGGUUGAAAUCCUUUUGUACAUACCCUCCGCCCGUCUCUCUCUUCCUUCUCAACUCGGAUUUCCAACCUCAGUUGUCGCGCAAGUUACCACCAAAAAUGGUCUUGCAAGUGUACGAUGCACGUGGUUCCUUCCCCUCGUCAUCCUCUUUUGUCAUCCAUUUUAUUUUUUCUUCUGUUACUUUGUUUCGUUGCACGGAGUGUGGUGGGCAUGGGACGGUUCGUUACUCUUUUUGUUUCUCUCUCGCUUUUAUCUCUAUUACCCAUAUCCCCUUCAACCUGGGGUCACUACUACUACCUCCUACCUCCUACCUCUACCUAUCUACCUUGACAUCCCGCUGUUUUAUGGAGGGAGCCGCAGUGCAUAAGACAUUGCACUUUCGUUCCUAUCCCAUCUACUUGGCGCUAUGGGUUGCAUGGCACCAUGUGGGCAUCAUCGGGGGGAUUCGGCGUCUGGGUGGAAAUGGUUCGCAUCUACGGAUAGCCAAUCGUACAUUUACUUGAUCGCACUAUCUUUGCUCCUUGCU